UGAACAUUUGCCAACCAAAGCAGAUGAGGGCGCCUUGGAUUCAGUCUCUGUGAAUGCUGCAUUGUAGUUUCAGCUUUACAUCAGCCUGAUAACAGAAGGGACCAUGUCUGGCUUUGGCUACAGGCGAGAACUUAGUAAAUAUGAAGAGCUGGAUGAAGAUGAACUCCUUGCUUCUCUUACUGAUGAGGAGCUGAAGGAGCUAGAGAAAGAGUUGGAGGAUAUUGAGCCUGACCGGAGCCUUCCUGUGGGGCAUAGGCAAAAGAGUCUAACAGAAAAAACUCCCACAGGAACUUUUAGCCGGGAAGCACUGAUGGCCUACUGGGAAAGGGAGACUAAGAAACUUCUGGAAAAAGAGAGAAUGGGGGCAUGUGAACAGGAUUAUAAGCAAGAAGAAGAAGAAGAUGAUGAUGAUGGUGAUGAGUCAGAAGAAAUUAAAGAAGAAUAUUUUACAGGAACCAACAGUGAAAUUUCUGAAGAGGCACACAAUGAAGAAGAUGAUGAAGAGGACAAAGAGGAUGAGAAUGAAGAGGAUGAGAAGAACAAUGAGGAAUAUGAGGAAGAGGAAGAGGAUGAAGAAGAUGACAGAGAAGAAGAAGCAAGUAGUACAGAUGAUGAAGAGGAAUCUGCUGAAGAGUGUGAAAAACUUCCAAAUACUACAAAGCAAACUUCACUUAACAUUAAACUUAAAAACUACAAUGAAAAUGAAAUUGUUACCAAUGGUCACAAUGAAAAGGAAGCAGAAUAUUUGAACUACAGGAUGGGAGCCAUGCAUCCAUGUGGAAAUCCAACAGUGAUUGAAGAUGCAUUAGAAAAAGUUAGGAACAAUGAUACUGAAACUACUGAGGUCAAUUUAAACAAUAUUGAAAAUAUCACACCACAGAUGCUAACACAUUUUGCUCAGGCCCUACGGAAUAACACUGUAGUGAAGAUUUUUAAUCUGGCUAACACUCAUGCUGAUGACAAUGUUGCAAUGGCUAUUGCAGGUAUGCUAAAGGAGAAUGAACAUAUUGUGAGUCUGAAUCUAGAUUCUAAUUUUGUCACAGGCAAAGGGAUUAUUGCGAUCAUGAGGGCUUUACAGAACAACAAAGUUUUAACAGAAUUACGAUUCCAUAACCAAAGGCACAUAAUGGGCAGUCAGGCUGAAAUGGACAUGGUUAAACUUUUAAGGGACAAUACUGCUAUUGUGAAACUAGGGUAUCACUUUGAGCUUGCUGGACCAAGAAUGAGUAUGACAGGCAUUCUGACAAGAAAUAUGGAUAAACAAAGGCAGAAACGAAUGCAAGAACAGAAAGAACAACAGUCCAGUUGGGAUGGAGUACUAAAUCCAAAGGCCAAAGCAUUGCAGAAAGGAACUCCUGGUUCUUCACCGUAUUCAUCUCCUAGAAGUUCACCUUGGUCUUCUCCAAAGAUUCCUAAGAAAAUUUCAGCUCCUCAAAACCAACUUUCACCUCCCAAAAGUUCACCUAUGCCUUCUCCAAAGAUUUUAAAGAAAGCCACUGCUAUUAAAAACCAAUCUCCAUUGCCAUCACAAUCGCCGCCUCCAUCACCAACUGCCCCACCUCCUCCUCCUCCACCACCACCUCCUCCUCCUCCUCUUCUUCCGCCACCACCUCCUCCUCCUCAAAUAGUUGUAGAGAAAAAAGCACCCACCAGGAAUAUUGCUGAGGUUAUAAAACAGCAGGAAAGUGCCAAGAGGGAUCUACAAAAUAAGCAGAAGAAGAAAAAAAGCAAGAAAAACAAACAACAUGAGAAUGCAAUAUUAAAAGAAAUUAAAAAUUCAUUAAAGUCCAUCCCAGACAAUAUAUCAGAAGAAGGGUCACGUCCUUCAAGUCGACCUUCUACCCCAGUAAGAUCACUCCACAGUGAUCUUAUGGAGGCAAUUCGUGGAAGUAAUAUGAAGCAGCUAAGGCGGGUGGAGAUCCCGGAAGCUCUGCGGUAAAAGUCAGCCAUGAAAUGAAGAUUUGUACAAAUUCUCAAAGAGGUACUCAAUCAUUCUACAGUGAUAAAACAGGCUGAUGUAAACAGCUUCAAAAGUACACUCUUAGAUUUGAGAUAUAAAUAAAAAGUGCCUUUGAAACUUCAAGCAAUACUUUGAAGAAUUCAACAGUCUUUUUGUAAAUAUGGAGAAUACUUUUUUUAAUUUAAUAAGAUUUCUCAGAAGAAAUAGUUUAUGUAGUUAUUUAUGUUGAUAUCAAAUAGCACUUCAUGGAACAUGUCCUUUCUAUUAAAAAAGCACCUGUUCAAUUCACUGUGUUUCUUUGCUUGCAUCAUACACUUGCAAUAAAUAUGUUUUGAGUUUCCAAGUGGAAAAAAA